GAAUUGAGACUAACCACGAUUCACUGAGGACUCAAAAAAUUAUCCAAAAACUUGUUCCUAUUCUUUCGCUGCUCUUUCACGGUGAACCAACAUAACAAAUUGAAUUUUUUUGAAACCCUUGAUGAAAUAAUGUGAAAAUAUUCGGGGAUUUUUAGGGUUGAGUAAUCGAGUAGAAUAGGAGUAAUGCAGAUAUUUUAGACCCCAUUUUGAGCAAUGAUUUAUUGCUUCGUUUUCAUCAAUCGAGAGGCCUGCUUCUGAUUCGUAUACAUAGAUACACAAGUUUUGGGGAUUUCUCAUCAUUUGUUCCGUUUCUCGAUUAGAUGUCUGAAUUGGUGGCUCGAACUGGUCGGCUACAGCAGCGUUACGAGGAUGGCUACCGUCUCAUUGCUGGGUGUAUUCCCUUCAGAUACAAGACAGUAAAAGAUGAUGAUGGUGGCAGAAAUGAGACUAUCGUUGAAGUAUUAAUGAUCAAUUCAACUGGUGGACCUGGUCUUCUGUUUCCAAAGGGUGGGUGGGAGAAUGAUGAAACGGCCGAGGAGGCAGCCGAAAGGGAAGCCAUGGAAGAGGCUGGAGUUCGAGGCGAUCUAGUGCAUUUUCUUGGAUGCUAUCCUUUCAAGAGCAAAACACUCCAAGAUGAAUACAGCCCGGAAGGACUGUGUCGAGCAGCUAUGUAUGCCUUGCACGUGAAGGAGGAGCUCGACUCUUGGCCUGAGAAGAGCCACCGGCAGAGGAGCUGGCUAACCGUUGGGGAAGCAAUCGGGUGCUGCAGGCACGCGUGGAUGCGGGAGGCCCUUGAGAAAGGUUUCUCAAAGUGGUAUGAUGAUGGCAUGAUCCAUACCUUGCCAAGAAAGGGUUCAAGUUGACAUUUUCAUCAUUGAAUUUUGCUUAGAACAAUUUUCAAACUAUGGUACCAUCUCUUAAGUUGAUUCUUGGUGCCUGAUUGUUUCUCUCUAAAUUUAAAAAAAAUCCUUAAUUUGGAGAACUUAGGAACUUCGAAAGUUAGAUGCAAAUAGUUUGUGUUGUGUUUUAGGUGUUUAAAAUAUUUUCAUAUUUGGGUAUUUCCGCACCCAAAUCAGUGAAGACUGGUGACCUUUUCUUUUC